GCGGCGGCGCAGGUGCGCGCGACUGGCUGGCGCGGCCCGGCGCAGGCCCAGCAGGCGUUCGACGCCUGGACCUCCGGGCUCAUCUCGAAGACUGACGGGCUCGUCAGCAACGUAGGCUGCCGCAACUACGCCUCGAUACAGACGGGCAGCCUCGUCAUCGUGGAGAGCGCGCAGAAGUGCGCCGACCACUGCCACAAGAGAGAAGGCUGCGUGGAGUUCAACUGGCAGAAGAAGGGGGGCAGCCGCAAGAACGGCAACAUGAUGAUACACGGCCACACGUUCGGCACGUGCCUGACGUACAAGCAGCCGUGCGACCGGUACCCCAGCGGCAAGUGGGACCUGUACGCCAUCACACCAGCACCAGCUGCACCAGCACCUGCUGCACCAGCACCAGCUACACCAGCACCAGCUACACCAGCACCAGCUACACCAGCACCAGCUACACCAGCACCAGCUACGCCGGCACCAGCUACACCAGCACCAGCUACGCCAGCACCAGCUACGCCAGCACCAGCUACGCCAGCACCAGCUACGCCAGCACCACCAGAACCAACAGCACCAGUCAUAGGGGGGGAGGGGCCGAGAUAUUGUCCCUCCGCGGACGACCUGCAGUCCUUCGAGGAGGGCCCCACCCUGCAGCAGCAGGGCUGGAUCAUCGAGGGAGACGGCCGCGUCGGCACCCGCGCCGCGUUCGACCUGAACGGCGGCUCGAUACAGUUCAAGGUGCUGUUGGAAGGCGUUCCUUCCGGUCUCGUCGGUGGCCAGCUCGUCUCGGCACUCGUCGGCCUGAUCAUGCCAGAGGGGAGCGGGGACGUUGUUUUGAGCGAGGAGUACUGCGACGGAAGGCCGGACAACUUCUGCCCAGACGUGAAUUUGAUACAGACUAACGGAAGGUCCGCCUAUUCUGUUUCGCUGCGGACGGGCUCCGACGAGCAGGCCGAGUGCUACUACGCUGAGGCUGACGGCGAGCUUUGUGUCGCCGAGCGUUUUUUCCAAAGUGACAUAUCUUGCGGUGUAGCGCCUGAUGCCGUCAUCGACGCAACCAAGGCGUUCUACGUCAGCGUAAGCUUCCCUAGCAGUGACAGCAAGACGGAACUAGUUGUGACUUUGACACAGGGUGAGGUGGAAGAAACUAUCCGUUUCGCUGAUUUGACGGACGGGACAGUGGGGCCGCCCUUCCUGGUGAGCCAGAACAUCCUUUAUUUCUCGAUGGAGACAUAUGGCGCGGUCCCGGUGUCCAGCUUGAAGGGCGUGCACUGGGCCCCGAAGAAGGACGCGUGCCCCGACGGCGACACGAGCUGGGACGGCGCCAGGCUGCAGGUGAGCGACCUGGUCAUCCAGGGGGAGGUUGUCGGCUGGCGGAUUCGUGGACAUUGCACCCUCUGCGAAGAUGUGGACCCGUGAGCUGCGGCCGCCCGGCCCUGAGCCUCCGACGCCUCGAGCGCAGCCAGGGUCCGUGCUGAUUGGCCGAGCGGGUCCUGCAGGCGUGGGAAGAGCCGGAGGGGAGUCGUACUCCAACAUCCUCAACUCCUCCCAGGGGGACUUCUGCGGGGCUCGAGGCGGACCGCGCUUGAAGACAAUGCUCUUCAAUUUGAGUUGAUGUUGUGCGAGCCGCGGCUCUGCGUGCAUGCUGUCUGAACUUUUUCUGUCCAGUGUUCAUUUGGCCACUUCCCUGUCCCCCCUUCCUCUCUCUCGCUCUCUCGUUCUCUCUGUCCCUCGUUCUCUCUCGCUUUCUCAUUCUCUCCCUCUCUGUCUCCGUCUUUCUCUCCUCCUCUCAUUCUGACUAGUGCCUCCUGGCGCCUUGAUUGGCCUUCAGCACUUGCGGCGGUGCGGAUCAAUUAGUGCCGCUUGGCGCCUUGAUCGGCAAUCAGCAGUUCGCGCCAGCGCGGCGACCUGAGGGGGCCAAGCUGUGGCGACAGGGCAGGCGGCCACGCUUUCGCGAGGGUUCGGUCCCUCCUCUCCGAGUCUCCUUGCCGGAGCUGCCGCUCCUCCGGGCAGGAGUUAUUGGCAGGAGUUGCUCAUCGAUGCUGCCUCUCUGUACAUCCCUCGCUCCUGCUCCACCUUUGCCUCCUCCCCCCCGCCCGCCCCUCCUCCUCCCC